CCAACAGACUCGUGACGUCAACGUCCGGAUCGGGUCACCGCUCCCUUCCCCCUGCCGGCGCAUUGAAUGUUCUAUCCACCCGUCUCUUGAUUUGUUCUCUCAGUAUAGAAGGGGUUUGAUCACCCCCUCAGCUACAGAUCGGAGAAGAGAGCGAGGCGAAUUGGGAAAGAAGAGAAGGCGGAGAUGGCGAACAAGGGGAGAGCGGAGAUGGAGGUGGGAGCCGACGGCGUCGCCCUCAUUACCAUCGUCAACCCUCCUGUCAAUUCCCUUUCCAUCGACGUACUGUUGAGUUUGAAAGAUAACUAUGAGCAAGCUCUGAGCAGAGAUGAUGUGAAAGCAAUUGUCAUCACAGGUGCAAAGGGGAAAUUCUCAGGGGGUUUUGACAUCACUGCUUUUGGUGGUGUUCAAGGGGGAAGUACCGAGCAACCAAAAAUUGGCUAUAUUUCAAUAGAUUUACUGACUGACACUCUAGAAGGUGCAAGAAAACCAUCAGUAGCUGCUAUAGAUGGGCUAGCUCUUGGUGGUGGAUUGGAAGUUGCAAUGGCAUGCCAUGCUCGCAUUUCGACUUCAACAGCUCAAUUAGGCCUGCCAGAACUUCAACUUGGAGUUAUCCCAGGGUUUGGAGGAACACAGCGCCUUCCACGCCUUGUUGGACUUACAAAAGGACUCGAAAUGAUUUUGCUAUCCAAGCCAGUAAAAGGAGAGGAAGCUUAUAAGCUAGGUCUUGUUGAUGCUCUCGUUCCACGUGAUGAAUUGGUGAAGACAGCUCGCUUUUGGGCUCUGGAAAUUGCUGCAUGUAGGAAGCCAUGGAUCAGGAGUCUUUACAAAACUGACAAGUUAGAAUCCCUUGGAGAUGCAAGGGAAAUACUUAAGUUUGCUAGAGCUCAAGCUCAAAAGCAGGCUGCCAAUCUCCAACACCCUUUGGUUUGUAUUGAUGUAAUUGAAGAAGGUAUAGUCUCAGGUCCUCGUGCUGGACUGUGGAAGGAAGCACACUCUUUCCAAACACUUCUUUUAUCCGAGACUUGCAAGAGCUUGAUUCAUGUCUUCUUUGCACAACGUGCAACCUCAAAGGUUCCUGGGAUUACUGACUUGGGUUUGAUGCCCAGAAAGAUUACUAAAGUUGGCAUUCUUGGAGGAGGCUUAAUGGGCUCUGGAAUCGCCACUGCACUAAUACUGAGCAGUUACCCUGUGAUACUUAAAGAAGUAAAUGAGAACUUCUUAAAGGCAGGCAUAGACAGAGUUAAAGCCAAUUUGCAGAGUCGUGUCAGGAAAGGGAAAAUGACACAAGAUAAGUGUGAGAGAACCCUCUCUCUAUUGACAGGUGUUCUUGAUUACGAAAGCUUUAAAGAUGUGGAUUUGGUCAUUGAGGCAGUCAUCGAGAAUGUGUCCUUAAAACAGCAAAUAUUUGCUGAUCUAGAGAAAUAUUGCUCUCCCAAUUGUGUCCUUGCUACUAAUACUUCAACAAUUGAUCUCAACUUAGUUGGAGAGAAGACCAAGUCUCGAGAUCGAAUUGUAGGUGCACAUUUUUUCAGUCCUGCUCAUGUUAUGCCACUUCUAGAAAUAGUCCGGACUCAUGAAACAUCUCCACAAGUUGUUGUUGAUCUGCUGGAUGUUGGGAAAAAGAUUCGUAAAACUCCCAUUGUUGUUGGGAACUGUACUGGAUUUGCUGUUAAUAGAAUGUUCUUUCCAUACACCCAAUCAGCUCUCUUAUUUGUUGAUUAUGGUCUUGAUGUGUAUAAGAUUGAUCGUGCAUGCACCAAAUUUGGAAUGCCAAUGGGCCCUUUCAGAGUUGCUGAUCUGGUUGGUUUUGGAGUUGCAGUUGCUACUGGCAUGCAAUACCUUCAGAGCUUUCCUGAAAGAGUCUAUAAGUCAAUGCUAAUGUCAAUUAUGGUUGAGGAUAAGAGGACAGGUGAAGCUACACGCAAGGGGUUUUAUAAAUAUGAUGGCAAACGAAAGGCCAGUCCUGACCCUGAACUAAUGAAAUACAUUGAGAAAUCAAGGAACAUGGCUGGUGUUACUCCUAAUCCUGAGUUGAUGAAGUUACUGGAUAAGGAUAUCGUGGAAAUGGUUUUCUUCCCAGUCGUUAAUGAGGCUUGUCGUGUUCUUGAUGAGGGUAUUGCUGUCAAGGCAUCAGACCUCGACAUUGCUUCCAUCAUGGGCAUGGGUUUUCCUCCUUACAGGGGUGGCAUAAUGUUUUGGGCUGACACUCUUGGGGCAAAUUAUAUUUUUGAAAGACUUGAGGCAUGGUCAAAGAUGUAUGGCGAUUUCUUCAAGCCUUGCUCCUACCUGACCGAGAGGGCAGCCAAGGGCAUACCUUUGAGUGCCCCAGCCAAUCAGACCAGGGCUCGGCUAUAGAUAGGCACUUUUUAAAGCGUCAUCUUCUUUCUCAAAACAAAAUGUGGGUGCGGUGCACGUCUGAGGUAUAUCUAUCUUAUCUAAGGAGGCUGCACACUUUGUAAUAAUCUCGGGUGUCAUAUUAGCAGUAGUUACUACUCAAUGCAAUGUCAUAUUCUGCAGUAACACUUGUGUGCAUGAAUGGACUUCCUCAUCUUUCGUAGUAGCUUAUCGAGUUAUUAAACACGUCCUUAUCUUAUUGAAUAAACAAAUUUACAAUAAUGGAUAUCUGUCAACAGGUCAGACAAUUGUGAUUUGGGACAAUACAUGAUAGUUUUGGAAUACUGUUACAUGCA